UGCUUUAGUUCUUCCAGUCCAGUGGGGUUUAUUCGAGUGCUUGUGAUCAUAGUGUGUCCACAGAUGGCCUGCCGGACAAGUUUUCAAUGAAUAUUCUAGGUCUUUACAGUCAAAUGCCCAAAUUCACGGCAAUUAUGGAUAUAAUUCGUUUGUUAUGGAUAAUACGGAUUGUGUGGGCUGUUGAAGAUGUGUUGAUGGACUCCACGACGGCAACGGCAGAGCUGGGCUGGACGAUAUAUCCAUCACUGGGGUGGGAAGAGGUGAGUGGCUAUGACGAGAAGAUGAACACCAUCCGCACCUACCAGGUGUGCAACGUCUUCAACGCCAACCAGAACAACUGGGUGCGCACCAAAUACAUCCAGCGGCGAGGAGCCCAACGGAUCCACGUGGAAAUGAAGUUCUCCGUGCGAGACUGCAACAGCAUCCCGAACGUCACUGGCUCUUGCAAGGAGACUUUUAAUCUGUACUACUUUGAGUCUGACAAGGACGUAGCCACCAAGGUGUAUCCCGCCUGGAUGGAGAACCCUUGGAUCAAGGUGGAUACCAUUGCGGCCGAUGAGAGUUUCUCCCAGGUGGACCUGGGCGGCCGUGUGAUGAAGAUCAACACGGAAGUACGCAGCUUCGGGCCUGUGUCCCGUAAAGGUUUCUACUUGGCUUUCCAGGAUUACGGAGCAUGCAUGUCACUCAUCGCAGUGAAGGUUUUCUUUCGCAAAUGCCCCCGAGUUAUUCGGAAUGGGGCCAUCUUUGAGGAGACCUUGUCAGGUGCGGAGAGCACCUCUCUGGUGUCUGCCCGGGGCAGUUGUGUACCUAAUGGAGAGGAAGUGGAUGUUCCCAUUAAACUGUACUGCAAUGGAGAUGGGGAGUGGCUGGUACCUAUUGGGCGCUGUGUGUGCAAGGCCGGGUAUGAGUCUGUGGACAACGGGACUGUGUGUAGAGCAUGUCCAUUUGGGUCCUUCAAAGCAUCUCAAGGGGACCAGCAGUGUCUCCAGUGUCCCAUCAACAGCCGCACUACCAGCGAGGGUGCAACCAACUGUGUGUGCCGCAGCGGAUACUACCGUGCAGACUCUGACCCUCUACAGAUGCCCUGUACCACGGUUCCGUCUGCACCCCAGAGAGUGAUUUCUAGUGUGAACGAGACUUCCCUGCGGCUGGAGUGGGAUCCACCGAAAGAGAGCGGAGGCCGGGAGGAUGUGGUCUAUAACAUCAUCUGCAAGAGCUGCGGUUCAGGUCGAGGUGCCUGCACUCGCUGCGGUGACAAUGUGCAGUUCGUGCCCCGCCAACUGGGCCUGACCCAUCCCCGGGUCCACAUCAGUGACCUGCUGGCCCACACGCAGUACACCUUUGAGAUCCAGGCUGUGAAUGGAGUGUCUGACCAGAGUCCCUUCUCACCUCAGUUCACCGCUGUCAACAUCACCACAAACCAGGCCGGUAAGACAGCAGUAAACACAGCUCCAUCUGCUGUGUCAAUCAUGCAUCAGGUCAGUCGAACUGUGGACAGUAUCACAUUGUCCUGGUCCCAACCAGACCAGCCCAAUGGAGUCAUUUUGGACUAUGAGCUGCAAUAUUAUGGGAAGAAUACUGCAGGGUCGAACUCCUCUCUACUUCGGAGUCAGACUAAUACAGCAGUUAUCCGUGGCCUGAAGCCGGGGACCAUCUACGUGUUCCAGGUGCGGGCCAGAACAGUGGCGGGCUUUGGACGUUUAAGUGGGAAGAUGUACUUCCAAACAAUGACUGAAGAGGAGUACAACUCCAGCCUGCAGGAGAAACUGCCCCUCAUAAUCGGCUCUGCUGCUGCUGGUGUUGUUUUUCUCAUCGCUGUGGUUGUGCUCAUUAUCGUCUGUAAUCGGAGAGGCAGUGACCGGACAGAAACUGAGUACACUGACAAGCUUCAGCAUUACACCAGCGGCCACAUGUCUCCAGGAAUGAAGAUCUACAUUGAUCCUUUCACAUAUGAGGAUCCCAAUGAGGCAGUGCGCGAGUUCGCCAAAGAAAUAGACGUGACCUGUGUGAAAAUCGAGCAAGUCAUUGGUGCAGGUGAGUUUGGAGAGGUAUGCAGCGGUAAUCUCAGGCUUCCUGGGAAGAGGGAGGUUCUGGUGGCCAUAAAGACUCUGAAAUCAGGCUACACUGAGAAGCAGCGGCGGGACUUCCUGAGCGAAGCCAGCAUCAUGGGGCAGUUUGACCAUCCCAACAUCAUCCACCUGGAAGGAGUGGUGACCAAGAGCACUCCAGUAAUGAUCAUCACUGAAUUCAUGGAAAACGGAUCACUGGACUCCUUCCUUCGGCAAAACGAUGGCCAGUUCACUGUCAUCCAGUUGGUUGGCAUGCUGCGUGGCAUUGCAGCUGGCAUGAAGUACCUCUGUGACAUGAACUACGUACAUCGUGAUCUGGCUGCCCGCAACAUCCUGGUUAACAGCAAUCUAGUCUGCAAAGUAUCCGAUUUUGGGCUUUCUCGCUUUUUGGAAGAUGACACGUCAGAUCCUACAUACACAAGCGCCCUGGGAGGGAAAAUUCCAAUACGAUGGACUGCUCCCGAGGCCAUUCAAUACAGGAAGUUCACGUCCUCGAGUGAUGUGUGGAGCUAUGGCAUCGUAAUGUGGGAGGUCAUGUCCUAUGGAGAGCGACCUUACUGGGACAUGAGCAAUCAAGAUGUAAUAAAUGCUAUCGAGCAGGAUUAUAGGUUACCUCCUCCUAUGGACUGUCCAAACGCACUGCACCAACUAAUGUUGGACUGCUGGCAGAAGGACAGAAACAACCGUCCGAAAUUCAAUCAGAUUGUUAACACUCUGGAUAAGAUGAUCCGUAAUCCUGGCAGCCUGAAGUCCACCACCCCUCUCUCUUCAGGCGUACAUCUACCUCUGCUGGACCGCAGCACACCAGACUUCUCCAGCUUCAGCACAGUGGAUGAAUGGCUGGACGCCAUCAAAAUGGGCCAGUACAAAGAGAACUUUGCCAAUGAAGACCUCGCUACCUUUGAAGCUGUGUCUCAGAUGACUAUGGAUGACAUUCUGAGGGUGGGAGUCACACUAGCAGGCCACCAGAAGAAGAUUCUCAACAGUGUGCAGAUGAUGCGAGCCCAAAUGAACCAGAUCCAGUCAGUGGAGGUUUGAUUCUUAAGAGUGGAGGAUGGGACCAGCCUGUGCACACCAGACCCCUGUGGACCUUCUCACAGAAAGACGCCCCCCUCAGUGAGCCCUGUGUCCAGAGCCCAGCAGAAGUCACUUUCUCUAGGGAUGAUCAAGAACAGAUCCCCACAAAACCACUAUGGUCUCGAUACAGCACCAGCACACUGAAGGCAAGCUGUAGUCUUUGCAGUGGCCAAAAUGAUCCAUAAAUGUCAUUCUGGCUACAUUUACAUGCAAGUUCAUAUUCCAGUAUUAUCUCUGACUUUGCAGUAUUUCUAAUAAACCACAUAAAAGCCUAAAAAUGUUGGUAUAUCUAUUAUUUAAUAGACAUUUAAUAAUACAUUUCUAAUUUAAGGUGGCGGCCUUGUAAUUGUAAAAAUUAAAAAUUGCCUUUUCUAUGUAAAUUCCUUGCUCUUGCUCUAAUUCCUUGCCGAGUAACUGUUUUUACUAAAGUUCAUUAGUUCUGGAAUGAACAAAUCAAAGUAUUUCUGAGCACCUUCUGGGUCCAUUAAAAAAAAGCAUUUAUAAAGUGCACCCAUUUAAAUUCAAAUAUUAGAAGAAUAUGUCACAGUUCACAGAAUAAGAAUAAAAUGCAGUGCAUAUAGGGGCUGAAAAGAUUGUUCAUGCAUGGAAAUGUAGCCACUUGCACAUUAUUUUGGCUGUUAGUUUUUUGGGAAAAUCAAACACAGAUUUUGAUUAUAUACAGUAUAGCCCCUUUACUCUUUGAAAUGAUUUGGUUCUCAGUCAUAUUCACCAGAUAUGUAUUGAUAGGAUCAUUUAAAAUGUAAAACUUUUGUUUUGGUGUGCAUCUGAAAUGGACUAUGGACUAAUAGCAAGAAAAAAGGAGAAACAAUUAUACAUGCGUGAUGCUCAUGUAUGAUGAGGAAUGAUCCAUGUGAUGGAUCUUGUGCUGGCAGAAUUUGCCAAUAUGAUGACUAUUAUAAAACUAUGUGAAUAGUAGGCAAAGCAACCAGUACUGGUUCAGUAUGCGUUUUUUGUUGUUGUUUUUUUUUUUUGUAAAAAGUAAUGUGAUAUUUUUUUAUUUUCUUCAUGAGUUUUAUUUAUUUGUUUUAUACUUUUUAACACCAUUACUUUCCAAUUACCCAUAUAAUCUUGCACCAGUGUUGUACUACAGAUGUUCUUGUCACAUAUCGAAAGCACUUCCUGUGCUGAUUUCUUCACAGAGCCUGCCGACAGAAUAUAAUAGGUGCAUGCCGGAUUUAAUUUGAUGUUUAUUUCAAUCCCAAUAGUAAGAGUCCCUUAGUGUUCAUUUUGCAUCAGAUGUCAUGUUUUGAAAAAGUUUCCCACCACAUUUUUCUUUCGAUAUUGUAACAAUUUAUUGUAUUUAUGUAUAUGUAUAUGUAUACAUAUAUAAUUAUGUGUGUAUAUAUAUAUACAUGCUGGCACUUCGCAAAUAGGGUACAAUUUGUUGUCCAAUUACUUUUUUUUAAGCAUUAGAGGCACUAAUCCCAUGUUUUUGUUGUAAGAAUUAUUAGAUGUUUGACAAGCUAUUACCUAACAUAAGAUUAGCAUGGAAGUAGCUAGGUUUGAACACUUUAAAUGUGCCUGUCCCCCACUUGGAAUUUGAAUUUGGCCUGCCCAACUUCAUUUUUGGGCCUUAUUUUGUACCCUGUUUGUAGAAGUUUUGCUGUCCAUAGAAAUAGUAUUACGUUCUUGCCACAACUGAAGCACUGCACACAUAAAAAACAUCUUACGAAAUUAAAGAAUGAGAUGAAAAGAGGGAGACCUAAAGACUCAUUAGAAAAGACUUAAAGUCUGUUUUUAUUGAAAGAUAUGUUUUAUGAAUUAUGAAUUUUAACAUCAAUAUGUGCUCUUAUUUGUAUUGUUUUGUGCAGUUGAUCUAAAUUUUAGUGCUGUGGCAAAGGUCAUUUUGACAGUAUGAGCUUGGAUUAAGUGAAAACUUCACUGACCAUAUUUUUUUUUUUUUUUUACAUCUUUGACAUGUUUGACACAUUAAACUUCAUGACAUAUUCAUCAUUAUUGUAAAGUACUUUACAAAAUACAUGCUUGCUUGUUUGUUGUUUUUCUGUAUAUACAGUGUUGGUUAAUAAGCAGUUGUAGUCUGUUGCUCUUCCUGGAGCACGGCACAUUUGUAACCCUAAAUAGUUGUUGAGUUGACACUUUGACACUGUGACACCGUCUCUCUAAAGUGAAUGUGCUUCCUAUCAACUUGUUGACUGGUCUUCCACGUCUAAACACUUUACACUUGUAUAGAAAUACUCGUUUGAAUCUCACAUAUUUUUGUUUCACUCGCUCUCUCUGACUGGCAUACUGACUUUUAAUGUGAGACAGGGUGCUUUGUCCUUUGUGAAGCUUUGCCUGACAAACUCAGAACUGUUAAUGGUUAUGUGCUCCAAUAUUUAGGUAAAUAUGCCCAUAUCUAUAUUCCAUGCUUUCAUUUUACAUUAAACUGCAUUUUUUUUUUCAGAGUGUUGGGCAAAUUUAUAGUAAAAUGUAAACUGAAAGUGCAAUGUUUUGUUUUGCAUCAUUUAUUAUUGCAUACUUCUUUCCCUUUUAAUUGAAAUUUUAACAAUUCACGAAAGCACCAGGAAUCAAAUUCAUAAAGGGGAAUAAAAAAAUAAUUUCAGGCUCAGUGGACUGUCAUUGUGAAUUUUUUAAAAAUAUGUCAUUACCAUAACGACAGAACAUAAGUAUGAAAAGAAUGCACAUGUUAAUAUAUUAGAAAAUACCUUUAUGUAUAAUUUUUUUUUUUUUUUUUUUUUUUUUUUUUUUUUACCAGUUCUAAUUGUAAUGUGGCAAUUUUUUUCCGUUUCACUCUCUAUUCAAUAAAAUAUCAAUUUCUUUGUGGUAAAAAUAUGACUGUGGAUUAGGCCAUGUACAUGCAUACAAUAGUAUUCAGUCACUUUCACUGGCAUUAACCCGUCAUACACACACACACACACACACACACACACUGUACUGUCCACCAUGACCACUGUGAGUGAAGCAGGAGGCUCUGGACUUUGUAUAAAUGUACAUUUUCUGUAACCCUGUGAAUGAUGUUACAGUUAAAUCAUUUGUAGUAUUGCUAUUUGUUUAUUUUCUAUGAAAGAACAUUUGUGGCCCAUU